AUGCUCAACAGACCGCUGCUUGGAGAGGUCUGCACCAAGCCAACCGCGUUGCCGUUAAUGAGAACCAAGCCGCGGUUCCACAAGGCUCAGCUGGCUGCGCGGCAACGCGGUCAGCUCGGUGCAGACCUCUCCGUCAGCUGCUCCGCUCUCCUCUCCGGUGUCCUCUGCGAUGCUUUGGUGGAUGAAUCCGUUCCCACCAACGAGCGCCAGGACCCGUCCACCGGGGAGACCCUCAUCUGUGCCAAAUGUACACCCGGCACGCACAUGGCCGCGCACUGCACAGCCACCACGGCCACCGGGUGCGUGCCGUGCAAAGGCGAACUCUACACCGAGCUGUGGAACUACCUGCCCAGGUGUCUGUACUGCAACAACUUCUGCUAUGAGAACCAGGAGGUGGAGAAGGAGUGUACGGCGGUCAGCAACAGGGUCUGCCGCUGCAAAGAGGGCUUCUGCUGGGCUGAUAAAUUCUGUGUCAGACACACGGAGUGCGGCCCUGGACACGGAGAUCAAAUGAAAGGUACAUCACAAAGCAACACUGUUUGUGAAGAAUGUGCCGAGGGCUUCUUCUCUAACUCAUCUUCCGCGCUGGAUUCGUGCGUAAAUCACCAGGAAUGCGCAAGCAGACAGAUAGUGCUCCUGCCCGGCUCGAUCUACCACGAUACGAUGUGUGGCACCUGCGAGGGUCUUGCAAAUGGAGUUGAGAUGUCCAGAGCUUUCCUCUCAGGAUUCUUCAGUAUGCACAGGAUGCGCGUGGCAAAAGUGUGCAUCAUUAACUUGGUCCAGCCCCCUCCUGUGCUUCAAUACAAGCAUGAGAUUGGGACCCCGCGGGAUCCCCCUCCAGGACCGCUAGAGGUCCCUGGUAGGCAGCUUGGGAACGGCUGCAGCCUGCUCAUUAAUAUCGGUCUGGCACCACCACCGACGCCCCCUCCCGCCACGCCACACCGCCCCGGCAUCGCAUCGGCUCCCUGGCUGUCGCAUCACGCGCGGGGAGGGGCCCCGCUCUCCACCAUUGGCUGGUGCUGUAAGACCGACGGCUUUACGCAUACAGUCUCUGAACCUGUUCAAUCUCGAGAGGAGAUGCGCGCAGAUCCACGCGGGUACAUUGUCCGGACACUGCGAGAGGAGGAGAGGAGCAUGUAA